AUGAAGCCCUCCACAGUUAUCUUCUGUCUCGUCCCGACGAUAGCCCUCGCCGUUGAGGCUGAUCAGGCACCACCCGCCGUCGCCCCGACGCCGUCCCUGCCGAAUGCCAAUCCGCCCGCCCCGUUGCCGCAGAUUCCCACCCCGUCAAAUACGGACGACGAUGUGAGGUUAUUGGUCCGCACGGUGCAAGAAGAGGUUGGGAUUGAAGACACCGACGCGACACGGGUGUUGGACCAGUGGCCGGAACCUGCCAGUGGAACGAUCGGACUGGGCACGCUGGCGGCAUCGACCGGAAAGACCAAGGCUUUACGCGCACGGAGUGAAGGCACCCUCGGACAAACGCCUUGGAUCGGCAUGGCCAUCGGGCUGACCUGUACAGCUCUGGCCGCGGUGAUGCUGGGGUGA